AAAUUUCUUUUAAGUCAUAUUUGAUAUAUACAUAAUUUGUAACAGUGCAAUGUAAGAUAAUAACUUAGUUGUGCUACAAAAUGGCUCUAUGUGGCUCAUAAAGGGACAGUAUUAUAUAAAAUCAACUUUUUUGUGCUUCACAUCAUAUUAUAAUUUUAUCAAUUAGCAAUCAAAGCAACAGAGUGUUGCUUUGAUUCUGUCAUGAAUGUUUAAGUCCUUGAAUCUCCCAUGGCAACCAUUCAGCUGUGCCCAAACCUUUGCUCACACAAAUCUAACGUUUACCAAACAGCUUCUGCCUCAUGACUCUACUCAGCUCCUCCAGACUAGCGGCAGCAUGCUCUUCAAUCUUCAUUACAUGAAUCCCAAUAAUAUUCACCCAGUGACUAUUGUGUUAAACCCAGUAAAACUGUUUCUGUUAUACCAACUCCAGAAUCAUGUUUCUUAUCCAGUCAGUUUUAAACUCUAAGGAAACUGAACCUCCUGACCUUGAAGUGAAUCAGAGAAUAAGAACCAACAUUUAUAGCUUCAGAUGAAUCCAUCCUAACAAUCUGUCUGUUUCCUCUGCAGGUGAAGGCAGUGUGAGCUGAUGUGGAUUCAGCAGCAUGGAUCAGGAUCAGGAUGUGAAUGAGAGCGUUCCUCUGCUCAGAGAGCAGAAGAAACGGAGCAGAGGUCAAAGUUCAGAGGAUCAACAUCCCAUCCCAACAUGUCUGACUUGGUGUUGCUCAUUCUGCAGCACACAGAGACCAGACUCACCUGAAGCCCAGCCUGUAACCGGACCAGAGACGGUGUCAGAAUACGAACCCAACUCUGGAUCAGAAACCAUUUCAAUUUAUGAACCAGAACCAGAACCUGAACCUGAGAAUCUAUCAGGAUAUGGACUCAACUCUAAACCUGAACCUCCAUCUGAGACCUUAUCAAGAUGUGAACGUGGAUCAAAACUGGUACCAGAACCAGACACCCUGUUGGGAUUUCAACCUAAAUUUGUGCCCAGAUCUGAAUCCAUAUCAAUUUAUGAACCUGAGUUAAUAUCAGUACCAGUACCAGAUGCUGAGGCACCAUCAGGGUUUGAACCCAAGUCUGAACCUGAACCUCCAUCUGAGCUCUUAUCAGUAUGUGGACCUGGAUCAGAGCUGGAACCAGAAUCUGACAUCCUGUCGGGGUCUGAACUUGUAUCCGGAUCAGAAACCAAAUCAGUUUGCGAAUCUGAAUCAGUACCAGAUGCUGAGGUACCAUCAGUGUUUGAAUCCAACUCUGAGCCUGAACCUCCAUCUGAGAUCUUAUCAGGAUGUGAACCUGGAUCAGAACUGGAACCAGAAUCUGACACCCUGUCGGGAUCUGAACCCAAAUCUGAACUUGUAUCCGGAUCAGAAACCAAAUCAGUUUGUGAAUCUGAAUCAGUACCAGAUACUGAGGCACUAUCAGGGUUUGAACCCAAGUCUGAACCUGAACCUCCAUCUGAGAUCUUAUCAGUAUGUGGACCUGGAUCAGAGCUGGAACCAGAAUCUGACAUCCUGUCGGGGUCUGAACUUGUAUCCGGAUCAGAAACCAAAUCAGUUUGUGAAUCUGAAUCAGUACCAGAUACUGAGGCACUAUCAGGGUUUGAACCCAAGUCUGAACCUGAACCUCCAUCUGAGAUCUUAUCAGUAUGUGGAUCUGGAUCAAAGCUGGAACCAGAAUCUGACACGCUGUCGGGAUCUGAACCUUUGCCUCAUCCUCAGACCAUCUCUGAACCUCCAGAGAAUUCUGGACCUGAAGAUGAUCAGUCUACCAAUCAAAGUAGCAUUCCAGACUCCCCUGAACCUCAACCUGAACCUGAGAGAGUGUCCGAAUACCAACCCAACUCUGAACUGGUACCUGGGUCAGAAACCAAAUCAGUUUAUGAACCUGAAUCAGCACCAGAUGCUGAGGCACUAUCAUGGUUUGAACCCAACACUGAACCCGAGCUUCAAUCUCAGACAUUAAUAGGAUGUGAAUCUGGAUCAAAGCUGGGAUCAGAACCUGACACCCUGCUGGGAUCUGAAUCUUUACCUCAUCCUCAGACCAUCUCUGAACCUCCAGAGGGUUCUGGACCUGAAGAUGAUCAGUCUACCAAUCGAAGCCACACACAGGAACCAGACUCCCCUGAAGUCCAGACUGUAACCGGACCAGAGACAGUGUCAGAAUACGAACCCAACUCUGGAUCAGAAACCAUUUCAGUUUAUGAACCAGAGCCAGAACCUGAACCUGAGAAUCUAUCAGGAUAUGGACUCAACUCUAAACCUGAACCUCCAUCUGAGACCUUAUCAAGAUGUGAACUUGGAUCAGAACUGGUACCAGAACCAGACACCCUGUUGGGAUUUCAACCUAAAUUUGUGCCCAGAUCUGAAUCCAUAUCAAUUUAUGAACCUGAGUUAAUAUCAGUACCAGUACCAGAUGCUGAGGCACCAUCAGGGUUUGAACCCAAGUCUGAACCUGAACCUCCAUCUGAGUUCUUAUCAGUAUGUGGAUCUGGAUCAAAACUGGAACCAGAAUCUGACACGCUGUCGGUAUCUGAACCUUUACCUCAUCCUCAGACCAUCUCUGAACCUCCAGAGGAUUCUGGACCUCAAGAUGAUCAGUCUACCAAUCAAAGUAGCAUUCCAGACUUCCCUGAACCUCAACCUGAACCUGAGAGAGUGUCCGAAUACCAACCCAACUCUGAACUGGUACCUGGGUCAGAAACCAAAUCAGUUUAUGAACCUGAAUCAGUACCAGAUGCUGAGGCACUAUCAUGGUUUGAACCCAACACUGAACCCGAGCUUCAAUCUCAGACAUUAAUGGGAUGUGAAUCUGGAUCAAAGCUGGGACCAGAACCUGACACCCUGUCGGGAUCUGAACCUUUACCUCAUCAUCAGAGCAUCUCUGAACCUCCAGAGGAUUCUGGACCUGAAGAUGAUCACUCUACUAAUGAGAGUGAUGAAACGUGAAGAUGGACCCAUCUGAAGCAGAUGGGUUGGACUCUACAUCACAAAGGGAGAAACAGGAGAAGUCAACGAUGAACA